AUGGCUUGUUGUACGUACCACGGAUCGGGUUUCCAGUGUGUCGGAAGACUUAUUAUGCAGCUGCACUGUAGUAAUAACAGGUUGAGCACACCUCCUGAGCUGCUCACCCCUUGUCGACCAUCAUUCCUUAAUCGUCUAGUUUCAGCUUCGGAUUCCUGUGCUUCAUCACUACCUCAUCCAUCCGAGUGCACGCCAUUUGAAAUGCGUGGGCCACCACCGGCAUGGAUGCCGCCACAUCCACCCGAUCGGGAACACGACUAUGAGAAUAACUAUGAAGAUCCGGAAGAUUGUAGAGAACGAGGUGAGGUUGGCUAA